CAGCUGGUAGUUUGUGUCCAGCUGAGACACCCUGGCUGCUCACAUGCUGUUCUUUCAUCUAGAUGAGGACGGGGACUUGGUUGCCUUUUCCAGCGACGAGGAACUGACAAUGGCAAUGUCAUACGUGAAGGAUGACAUCUUCCGUAUUUACAUUAAAGAGAAGAAGGAGUGCCGGCGGGACCACCGCCCUCCGUGUGCUCAGGAGGUGCCCCGCAACAUGGUGCACCCCAACGUGAUCUGUGAUGGUUGCAACGGGCCCGUGGUGGGGACCCGCUACAAGUGCAGCGUCUGCCCAGACUACGACCUCUGUGCCGUCUGCGAGGGGAAGGGCCUGCACAGGGAGCACAGCAAGCUGGCCUUCCCCAGCCCCUUCGGGCACCUUUCCGAGGGCUUCUCUCACAGCCGCUGGCUCCGGAAGCUGAAACACGGCCACUUUGGGUGGCCUGGCUGGGAGAUGGGCCCACCUGGGAACUGGAGCCCGCGUCCACCUCGAGCAGGGGACGCCCGACCUGGCCCCGCUGCGGAAUCAGCUUCUGGCCCAUCAGAGGAUCCCAGUGUGAAUUUCCUCAAGAAUGUAGGGGAGAGUGUGGCGGCUGCCCUCAGCCCUCUGGGCAUUGAGGUCGACAUUGACGUGGAACACGGCGGGAAGCGGAGCCGUCUGACACCCGCCUCCCCCAGCGGCUCCAGCACAGAGGAGAAGUGCAGCUCUCGGCCAAGCAGCUGCUCUUCUGACCCCAGCAAACCGCGUGGGGAUGCGGAGGGCACGGCCCAGUCUCUGGUGGAGCAAAUGAACAAGAUUGCCCUGGAGUCAGGGGGGCAGCCUGAGGAGCAGAUGGAGUCUGAUAACUGCUCAGGAGGAGACGAUGACUGGACUCAUUUGUCUUCGAAAGAGGUGGACCCAUCUACAGGUGAACUCCAGUCUCUCCAGAUGCCCGAAUCUGAGGGGCCAAGCUCUCUGGACCCUGCCCAGGAAGGACCCACAGGGCUGAAGGAAGCCGCACUGUACCCACAUCUGCCACCAGAAGCUGACCCCCGGCUGAUAGAGUCCCUCUCCCAGAUGCUGUCCAUGGGGUUCUCCGAUGAAGGCGGCUGGCUCACCAGGCUCCUGCAGACCAAGAACUACGACAUCGGGGCUGCGCUGGACACCAUCCAGUAUUCAAAACACCCACCGCCAUUGUGACAAUUUGUGCUCACCUGUUCUGUGUCCCCUUUCUUGUCUCAUAGUUGUGUUGAGCUAGUGUAGAACCCCAGUGCCUCUGUAAGGGUGAGUUUCUCUGCAUUCUUCUUCCAGCAUCUGGGGGGUGGGGACGCAUGAAGCCAUUUCGGGCAGUAGAGCAAGUAACACAAGGAGGGAAUUCCAAGCGUGUGUGCGUGCUGAUGUCUGAGAAGCGUUUACCAGCUUCCCGUGGGCACCCUGGCUCCUCACAGCCCGGGGAGGAUGCGGGGGCCACGCUGCAUCGUACUCCUGCGCCCCCCGGCCAGGAUGACACCAGCAGUCCCAAGCGCACCUUGCCUAGGGGCCUUCUGCUUUUGUCUUUUUUUCCAGGGACUGACAGUACACUGACAUGUAAUUGAUGCUCUGCUAGAAACCUGAUACGCUCUGAAUUUAGCAAGAGUAUAGCCCAUGUUCUGUGGGGGCGGAGGCCGCCUGCAGUGAGUACCCGAGGGCGGGCCAGCCCGGGCCUUCGGCUGCGUGUCUGGGAGGAAGGGCUGAGGGGAGCUGACGUUGGUGUUCACUGAGUACUGCCUGUUUCGUAACCACUAGCUUUCUCUUGUUUUUCCAAUGUGUCAACUGCUUUUAAAGUAAGAAAAUCACUUUGUAGCCAUCCUGUUAUCCUAUUUGUAAACAAUCUAAUUAAAUGGUAUAAGCACUUUAAUCAAA